AGGGAAAAAUGGGCUGUUCAGGGUUCAAUUUCACCCUCCAGCAUAUCGCUGCCCCUUUCCGACUCACCUCCCUCGCGGUCGGACGUGUCCCAGGUUCUUCUCUAUCUUUAAAAUAAUCUGCGUUGCAGUAGAACGUCCCGUAUUCAGCCACCCAUCUAUUUCCUACCGAACGACCCAAGCAGGGCGACAAAGAAGACCGUUCACGCAUCGACCGUCUAUGCAUCUGAAAGAAAUAUCAAUUUAAAAGGAAAACUCUACCAUAAACUGGUUUCUGGAGAAUGCGAUGUGAAAUGGCCCUGCUGCUGUUCCUGUGUGCACUCUGUCCUCUAACCCAUGCGUCUCCCUUGAACCUGGGACAAGGAGCAGAAGACGGCAGGGUCCUGCAGGUGACCAUCCCCAAAUCCCCUCGGCCGUGGGUGACCCUGGGGGGCGCCCUGACCCUCCCGUGCCUGCUGUCCCUGUCCCAGCAUGCCGUGCGGCCCCCCCCACGGGUGAAGUGGAGCGUCCUGACGGCGGGGCGCGAGGCGGAGAUCCUGGUGGCGCAGGGGGAGCGCGUGAAGAUCAGCGAGGCGUACCGCGACCGCGCCUCCCUGCCGGGAUACGCCUCCUCCCCCGAGGACCUCACCCUGCACCUGCACGACCUCCACUACAACGACUCUGGCUUCUACCGCUGCGGGGUGCAGCAGGGCCUGGAGGACGCCCACGACCUGGUGCAGGUCAAGGUCAAAGGCGUGGUGUUCCAUUACCGGCACGCCUCGGGCCGCUACGCCUUCUCGUUCGUGGAGGCCCAGCGGGCGUGUGCGGGGAUCGGUGCGCAGAUGGCCACGCCCGACCAGCUCCUGGCGGCCUACGACAGCGGCUACGAGCAGUGCGACGCCGGUUGGCUCUCCGACCAGACCGUCAGAUACCCCAUCCAAACACCCCGCGAGGGUUGCUACGGCGACAUGGACGGGUUGCCAGGAGUGAGGAACUAUGGGACGCUGGAGCCUGAAGAGCUGUUCGAUGUGUACUGCUACGUGGAGGACAUCAAUGGCGAGGUGUUCCAGGUCUCGGCUCCACAGCGCCUCACGCUGGACGAGGCGCGGCUGUUCUGCCAGGCGUCGGGGGCAGAGCUGGCCACCACGGGGCAGCUGUACGCGGCAUGGAGCGAGGGCCUGGACCACUGCAGCCCGGGCUGGCUGGAGGACGGCAGCGUGCGCUACCCCAUCGCCACGCCCAGGGACCGCUGCGGGGGCUCCCAGCCCGGCGUCAAGACCGUCUACCGCCACGGCAACCAGACCGGAUUCCCCCCGCCCCACGACCGCUACGACGCCUUCUGCUUCAGAGGGAACGGUCACCCCCACACCGACCCCACCAUGGACUACCCAGCCACGGAGCUGGAGGACCUGGGCCAGGACAUCGUCACGCUGGAGGACCCCCAGGAGGAGAUCCGCCUGGGGGAGGGGGGGGUGCGGGAGGAGGUGGAGAGCGAGGUCCAGGGCGUCCUCGAGUCCUUCCCCGUUUUCGGGGGUCGGGAGAGGGAGCCGCGCCCCACCGUGGCCCCUCAGGGACCGCUCCCCUUCCCCGUCGACCUCCAGACCCCGGCCCCCCCGGCCCGGAACCCCCACCUCACACAGGACCCCCGAGAACGGCGGCCCGCCACGGAGGCGACCCCGAAAUCCGCCGGGACGGCCCUCUCCCCCGGAGCACCCAGCAACCCCAAGCACGACCAGCCAAUGCCGGACACCAGCGUCGCACCUGAGACGACCACUGCCCGACACUACCACCCUGCACCCGAGACGACCACUGCCCGACACCACGGCCCUGCACCCGAGACGACCACUGCCCGACACCACGGCCCUGCACCUGAGACAACCACUGCCCGACACCACGGCCCUGCACCUGAGACAACCACUGCCCGACACCACGGCCCUGCACCCGAGACAACCACUGCCCGACACCACGGCCCUGCACCCGAGAGGGAGCAGGCCACCGCUGCGGCUCCAGGGACCGACCGCGCCCGUCACCAGACCACGCCCGGAGCCCCCCGGGAGUCCAGUGAGCCUGUGAUCAAGAACCACGGCCACUACCAGCCCAUGCCCGAAACCAACCCGGAUUCCGAUUCCGGCGAGCCUCUGGGCCGGGACCGGGCCCGGGACCGCCCGACGCCGGACACGCGCCCGGAACCUUCCGCCCCGACGCCGGAGAGCGACCAGUCGGACGGCUCCAAGCACUACCAGCCCAUGCCGGAGACCAACCUGGAGACGGCCGGGCCCUCGGGACCCCGUCUCCGGCUCCCCGCGGGGGAGGAGCAGGAGGGGAGCGCGUCCGGGGAUGCCGCCGUGACGACCUCCGAGCCCACGGGCUGCGGGUGCAGUGUGCCGGGGGCGUCGGACGGGACGUCCGCUUCGACCACCCCGCCGGGCGCCAGCCGGGACCCCAGCACGCGCCGGGCCCCCUACAGCGAGACCCUCGCCGUCGACUCCACUCUGGAAGGUUCCGGAGAAUUCGGCGCCGGACCGGAAGAGCCGUGGGGGGCGGCGGUGGCCCGUCGGGAGGAGCUGGGUGCCACCGCCUCCACCACCACCUCCGAAUCUGACCACCACGUCACCACUGGCCCUCUAAGCACAGCGGUCUCCCACAGUCCUGCGGACCGGGUCCGUGUUUCGGCACAGACGGAGCACACAGACACAGCCACAGAGGGAGUCUCCGCCCCCACAGAGGGAGUCUCCGCCCCCACAGAGGGAGACUCCGCCUCCACAGAGGGAGACUCCGCCCAUUCGGCGGUGGUUGCCGUGGAGACGAGGACGCGGGAGGAGCCCCUGCCCGGGGGGGUCACGGUCACCCUGCUCAGCACCCCCUCCGUCCCCUUCUACACCCCCAGCCCGACCGCGCCGUGGGGGGAGGAGGCUGGGGCCAGCGCCCACAGCCAAUCGCCCUCCCCCGUCCCGGACGGGGCUGAGCCAGUGGAGCAGGCCGACCUGCUGGACGCGCUGCCGGGGUCUGGGGAGGGGUCGACGACCGAGGAGGCGCCAGACUCCCCAAACCUGUCUACAGAGACCCCGACCCUGCCCCGCGGGGGGACCCAGACUCCCGCCCCCGCCCCCGCCCCCGGGCACGUUACCGCCAUCUCCGGCCGGGGCGACGAGCACCUGACCACCACCUCCUCCACGCUGGCCUUCGCGGUCACCGGAAUUCCCGCGACCGCGACUGCAACCGCGAACGUGACCGCGACCACGACCGUGACCACGCACGAGGACGCCGACGAGGCUUCCGGGGAGAGCGGACACGGCCCCGCCUCAGAGGCCACGCCCCUCGGGUCAGAGGUCACGCUCCUGCCCGACCGAUCGCAGGCGGCGAGCUGGGGGCCCCGGCCCUCCACCGCCGGGCCCCAGGAGUCGCGCUCCGACCCCGAGCACAGCGGCACCGACGACGUCGUCGUCCGGGAGACCAGGGUCCCAGAAUCCUCGGCGGAGCUGGAGGCCAGGGGCCCCACGGAGCCCAGCAGCCCCGCCUCGGCCACGGACGCCGGGGAGACGCCGGGGCCCGAGAGGGAGGUUUCGGAGGACCGUACCCUCCCGGCGGGCACGGAGCAGGCCCGCCGCGAGCUGCCCCCCACCCAGCCGCCCACCCUCGCCAGCCUGCCCAAUGAGAGGGCGGCGGUUGGCCGGGGGCGGAGCCUCUCAGACGCCUGCCUGGAGAGCCCCUGUGUCAACGGGGGGACCUGCGUGGAGGAAGGGGGGUCCGCCAAGUGCCUCUGCCUGCCCACGUACGGAGGGGACCUCUGCCAGAAGGAUCUGGAGCAGUGUGAGGCAGGCUGGGAGAAGUUCCAGGGCUUCUGCUACAAGCACUUCUCCAACCGGCUGAGCUGGGAAGUGGCAGAGCAGCACUGCAGAAUGUGCGGAGGUCACCUGGUCUCCGUCAUGACCCCCGAGGAGCAGGACUACAUCAACAGUAACUACAAAGAGUACCAGUGGACCGGCCUGAACGAUAAGACCAUCGAAGGGGACUUCCGCUGGUCUGAUGGGAAUCCCGUGCUCUAUGAGAACUGGUACAGGGGCCAGCCCGACAGCUACUUCCUGUCGGGGGAGGACUGCGUGGUGAUGGUGUGGCACGAUGACGGACGCUGGAGCGAUGUGCCCUGCAACUACCACCUGUCCUACACCUGCAAGAAGGGCACCUCUUCCUGCAGCGAGCCCCCGGCGGUCCCAAACGCCGCGACGUUUGGGAAGCUGCGCUCCCGCUACGAGACCGGCGCGGUGGUGCGCUACUACUGCGCCGGCGGCUUCCUGCAGAGACGCUACCCCGUGGUCCGCUGUCUGCCCAGCGGGAAGUGGGAGGAGCCGCAGGUCCAGUGUCUCAAAGACCCCACCAGCGCGGUGGAGGAAGAGCAGGGCGUCGUCCUCCCUGUGGAGAAAGAGGACCGGACCGCUCUGGGGACAGCCACUGAGAAGGCCACGCCCUGGUUCUGGGACAUCAAGUGGAACUUUUGAAGCCCUGCCCCCUCCCCUCUCUCUCUUUAAACCCCUCCUCUAACCUUAGCCCCUCCCACCCACAGCCCCCUCCCUUUACCCUACCCAUAGCUCCUCCCCCUUCUCCCUAAGCCCCUCCCACAUCCCCCCCUUACCCUACCCUUAGCUCCUCUCCCUUUUCCCUAAGCCCCUCCCACAGCCCCUCCCCGCCCCCUUACCCUACCAUUAGCCCUUCCCCCUUCCCCCUUACCCUACCCUUAGCUCCUCCACCCCCGACUGUGCCUGUCUUAGAGCUGGGCUUUCACUUGAUAUGUGACAGUAUGUAUAUUUCUCAGAUCUCAGCACUGAUCAUGUUGAGGCGUUUUCUACCAGACUCGGCCGUGCAAAUCAACACACGACAGCCGGCAGUGCACACAGCUGGUCCGGUCAAAUGUGCCGAGCUCCUUUAUCCUUCUCAUCCUCCAUGUGUCGUACACUCUCAGAAAAAAGAGGUUCCAUAAGGAACCCUGUGAUUCCACGGAAGAACCCCAACUGGUUCCAGGGUUCUUUCACACUUCACACCUACGAUAGAGGGUUCCAUGAAGAUCUAAAAAGAGUCCGUCUGUUGGAGACAAGCCAAAGAACCCUUUUUCUGAGAGUGUGCCGUAACUGUAGCAACCUAGGAGGGGUGUUUUUUCAGUGUUUUGUAAAAGUCGUCGAUUGACAGCAAAGGUUACUCCACCAUUAUUAUGUUCAGGAAACCCCUCCACACACACACACACACACACACACACACUGUCACUGUCCACAACUGGGGCAUGUUCAAUCUGAAAAUGUUUUGCUAUGGUUUCAGUGUUGAACGAUAUGUUUCCUCCCAACGGUGUGCAACGUUACAACAGGCUUAGAGGUGUGUUUGCCCCCGUUUGGUGGGUGUGUCGGGGGUGUGGCCUGAAUCAGUCAUGAUGUAGGCCUGUGCUUUAAAGGCUACAGAAUGCCUUCUCAGACGCUAUAGGAGCAGACUGUGUCAGUCAGUCCGCCCACGGUUUGCAACAGGAUGUUCAACGCGCCUCCAUUUCUGUUUAAAUAAAACGUUUUGCGAUGUUUUCUUUUCUGAACGUGGUUCUGAUAUCAAACACUUUGAUAUCCAUCAAGACUGGAGUGGAGGAGAGGGCAGGAAGUGACAUCAUCACGCAGGGUUAGCGAUGGCGUGCAACUCCAAAGCAUUCUUUCUAAAGCAGUCUGUAUUUCUGACAGGAACUUUCUAAAACUCUGCUUCAAACCUUUUAUUUGCACACGUAACAUUGUCUUUAAUACCUGAUUAAAAUGUCUUUAGCCUUUUUCAAUUUAAUCCUUGAAUUUGCCAUGUACUUUUUGCUAAAUAUCAUAAUCUUACUGACACGGUUCUAUGGGAAAACUUUAUGUUGUAAUAAAGUUUUGUAGAAUUAAGUAACGAUGCUCAAUCGCCUUAACCCAACGUCAGGGGCCAAAUGCAUUCAUAUAGAUUGACACAGUUAACAUUUGAUUAAGCAUUUGUAUUUGUACAUAAACAACAAGGUUGUUGUUUUUUGUUUUUUUUAUGUGUUUUCAAAAAAAAGCAAGCCGAUGAAAACAUCAUAAAUCUGCAAUGAAUGUAAUUUUGAAUUAAUACAGCAAGAAGGUUUUAGAAUUGUAUUUGAAUAAAAACAAAAUGGUCUCUCA